AUGCUUUGCACGCGCGGCAAGAUGUUAAUAUCAGUGGAACGCCAGAAUUUAUGGACAUUGCAAGCCAAGAGUCGUUCACUAUCCACACUCUUUCUAAAUAUCAUGUGGAUGUCGUCUGCUUGUCGGAGGUCCAUUUUGCUCACUUCGGAUCUCGAGAAAUUAUUAAUCCUGGCUCGUACAGAUACUGGAUCACUUCGGAUAACUCGAGGCGAAAUGGUCUUGUCAUGUCUGAGAAAGCUUGGUCCGCUCUGA